AUGUCAACGAAUUAUGGUUUUAAUUCUUCUUCAUUUCAACAGAAAACCACAAUCAUGACACAUAGCAAUCAUAAUGGUAGUAGCAAUGGUAGUCAUGACUCGCCUCGACAAGCAAUGAUAUCGCCAAAUUUACACGAACACCACCACCAAAAAUUGCAACAAUCACCACAAAGAAUAGCAUCGCCACAAACAAAGUCAUUCAACAUUUCUUCGAUGUUAAAUCCUGCUCCUUCGCCACCUCAUCUUUCAAGGGAAGUGAACUCUAAUAACCAUUAUCAACCUAGAAGAAUCUCACAGACACCGACUGUACAACCUUCUCCCCCUCCUCAUUUUCUUCCUUCGUAUUCCGCGUUUCAUGGUACUCCCAACUACUCGAGUUCUCUAACAAUAACAAAUACCACACCAACGUCGACACCGACGCCUAAUUCUUCCUAUCUAAACAAUAACACGAUUGUUCAUUUCAAUUCAUCUUCGACUACACCAAAUUCACAACUUUCCUCUUCGAGUAUCAGCACGCCACUUUCUAUAUCUCCUUCAUUAACGAUUGAUAUUAAUAGUGGAUUUCGAAUUGAGGAAAAGUUGGUGAAAAAUCAAGAGUUAAUUGUUCAACCAGUGCAUCUUUCUCAGCAACCACAACAACUAAGUCCACAUCCACUUUCAUAUUCACAACAAUCACUUUCAUCACCACCCUCGUCAUCAUCUAUUAUUAAUCAACCUGUUGUUACGAAUAAUGAUAACAUUAAUAUUUUGGCUAUUGCAGCUACUGUAGUGCAAAAUAACAAUUCACAAGAAUUCCAAAUUCAUCAAUCACAACAGCAACGACAACGACAUAAUAAAGAUGGUGUUAAUAUAUCAUCAUUGUCAUCUAGAGUAGACAAGAAAAAUCAAGAAUCAUCGUCAAAUGUCGUUGUCAGUCACGCGAAAAAAGCAGAGUCGGUAUAUUCUCAUGACGCGUAUAAUAAUAACAAUAGAGACUUUACGGUUCCCCCGAUUACCACGGAAUCAUACGAAUUGGUCUCCCAUCAUUCACCUGCCAUGUCGAGUACUUCUGCAGAUGGCGUAUACGAAUACGAAGAACCAAUCAAAGGGGAGGAAGAAGAAUCAAGUAUAUCAGAUACCGAAGGUGAAACCAAAAUGAUUACUAACGAGUAUUCAAAAUCAUCACCAACUACAUCAGACAAUUAUCAAAUGAAUCAUCACCUUGACAAUUACAUCACCAAAAAAACUUUAAAAAAUCAAGAAGAAAGUUCAUCGGGUGAGAAAGAGUACAUGCGUCGUCCUCAAAAAGUUGAAAGUUCACGCCGUAAAAAAUUGUUAAAGAGCAAAAUAGCAACGCAAAAAAAACAAGCCAAAAAAACUAUUACACGUGUCUCAUCCACCAAAAAAGGUAUAAAACGUCUCUCUUCAGAAUCGGUGGCUGCUGACUCUGGAGAUGACGAUUAUAGCCUAAAAUCAGAUAUGAGCCAUCCCCCAAGUAGUAGUAAUAGUAUUAAUAAAAAGUCGACAAAACGGCAAAAGAAGCAACCGCGUUCAACUUCGGUACACGCUAACAAAAUCGAUUCAGCUAGUUUAUUGCUAACAAAUAAAGGAUCAGCAACUGCCGAAGAGAUAGGUUUGGAUGAUUCAGCAGCACAACUAGACAAUAAGCUGUAUUGUAUCUGUCAAACUUUGUAUGAUGGUCUGCGAUUCAUGAUUUGCUGUGAUAAUUGUUCCGAGUGGUAUCAUGGUGACUGUGUAAAAAUAUCCGAAGAGGAAUCUUUAUUAAUUGACAAAUACUACUGUCCAAGCUGUACUGCUAAAGGUCAUAAAUCCCAAUGGAUACCAAGAUGCAAAAAUACACCAUGUAAUAAACCAGCACGGGUACCAGAAUCUAAAUAUUGUUCACGCGACUGUGGUUUAGCAUGGGCGCGUGCACGACUAGCAGAAUCCGAAGAAAAACGCGCGAAACUAUUAUUAUACCUAAAGGUUAACGAAAAGAAAACCAAGAAUUCACCAAAAAACACAAGUAAUAACAAUAAUAUUGCCAGCGACGGUGUAAAAUCCAAAAAAUACACCAGAAAUCUAACAGCCGAGCGAGAAGAUCUUUCACAACUAAAACGGAUACACGACGAGUUGGAAAAAAUCAAACGAGUCUUACAAAUCAACCGAACAAAGGAAAAAAUACUAGACAAAGUCAAAUCACGGUGGGAAAUCAGCUGUGAAGGGAUCACCGUUGAGAAACAACAACCAUGUGGCUUUGACAAACGCUUAAUUUGGGGCGACGAUUUACCAGACAGCGAGGGUCGAAUGUGUGAAGCGCCGCCAGAGGAUGAUGGUAAUAUCUGUCUGGAGCGAAAGACUACUUGUUAUAAGCAUCGUGGUUGGCAAAAGACCAAAACGAUGGAAGUUGAGCAAGAGAAAACCUUGCAAACUAAUCAAUUAAACAAAUUCGUCGCAGAAGAAAAACAAAUAAAAUUACGUAUAAAGCGACGACGAACAGAUUUAGCUGCUGCGCUAGUGAAUGGAACAAUAGAACAUAAACAUAAAAAUGUUGCAGAUUCCAAGACAACUGAUAAUAAUAGGCAUAACAAUUAA